AUGGCCAGCAGCUGGAAAAGAUCACUACAAAGGCCAUCCAUGAAAGAUGUAUCUCAUGUCAGGGAGCCUUUCCUGCAGAUGGUCCAUGCCAGAGAAUCCUUCCCCACCUACCAGACUUGGGCUCAGCGUGAGUUCUUCCUCCCUAAAAAGGCAAAGGAGUUGCCAGGCUUCACCCGGCAAGCCUACCACAAGCUGGCCCUGAAGCAGCCACCGUACACAGAAAUAAAGUCUAAAGUUCAUCACCAGGCACUCUAUCCUUGGAAGGAUGCAGCCCAGCACACCUGGGGCUUUCACACAUGGCUUGAUGUGGGACGUCUGCCUGCCACCUUCCCCACCAGGCCAGACAAACCGUAUGACAGCAAUGUCUGGCGCAGCUUGACUUACUCCAAUGCCCACCGUCUCCCAGCUGCACAACCUGCCAUCCCUCCGCCCUCCUGGAUGGGCCCACACAGCUUCCUGACCUUCAUCAGUAGUACUCCCAUCUUCGAGGAUAUGAACAGAAAGAACCAAGUGAUUUUGAGAACCGUGAGAGAGCUGAAGGAGGUGGAAAGACUCAAGCUGAGGAGUGAACAAAGGGCCCCUCCACUCGAUGCCCAUGGCAAUAUUCUGCCCCCACCAAACUUCAAGAAGUAA